AUGAAAUUACGAUGCUUUAAUCAGGCCCAAACUACGCAAAGUUGGCAUCCCAGAUCCGUGUUCAGGGUCGUAAGCAGUUGUCCUCUUGAUCGAAAAGAUCGGCUAAGCCCAGAGAGCUGGCAAAUCUUAAUUGGCCAUCCCCCAACAAAUCUUCUUCGAAUGUAUAAAAUGGACUCCUCAGACUUCUGGCAGCAGGCGCGCGCCCCGUUUGGCCUGCAAUACUCUUCCCCCUCGAGUCAACAGCCUAUAUCCCACCACGCUUUGCACCACUCCCUUCCGCAGGAGCACGAGCAGUUGGCCGAAUCCCACCCUGAAGGACCAGCCGCAGUAUCGGGCGCAGUGGGCAACAGCAGUUCCAUGGCUAUUUCCGGCAUCAAUCCUACUGUGGGCAGCAAGGCAGAGUCCAGUCACAUGCUGCAGCAGCAUUUAGAGCAGCAGUCCUAUGGAUCCGACUCCUUUCGAGGCGCCCAGUCGCCCCAGCUGAGCAGCCACCACCUGUUGUUUAACGCUGCUGCUGCCGCUGCUGCGGCGGCUCACCUCAAGUCCACGGCGAUGCAGAAUAACCUCUCGCCAAUAGGCGAUCAGGCGCAAAAUAACCUUCGAAACUACGGUCAAGGAUCCUUAAACGUCUUAGGUGGGAUCAAGCCCAAGCAGGAGAUGGAUGCUAAGACGCUCCUCCAACCGCUAGACGUGUGUUCCCAGCCGGUAGUGCACGCGCAGUCCCAGCCCCAGUACGGCGGUGACUUUUACGACGUUGUCGACCCACAGGCUAGAGAAGUCUCUGAACCUGUAGGCAGAGCACUGAUCAUCGGACUCGGAGUACCUAGUGCGGGGUCCACCGACGACGCGCAGUCCAGUUUGCAGACUCAGCAACUGUCGGGGACUGGUCGAGCAUUGCAGACACGUCAGUGCAAGCCGAUGUCCCCUGAAAUAGGUGGUAGCUCGAAUUCGGGCGCAGGACGCAGAUCGGCACCCACAACAAUCAACAAGACCUUUUCGCAGGGUCAGCAGUCCCCUCAGCACUCCACAACGCCAUCCGGCGGCAGCACGACGCCCGACAUCAAAUACAAUAACGACAAAAUGACCAAUGAAAUUCAGCUUCAGCUAUCCCGGUCGAGCAGCGCAGCAGCGAUCAGUGAACGCACCCUCGAAGAAUGUUGGUCAACCCUGCAACGACUUUUUAUGCACAAAAGCGCGAUGCAGCAAAUACAGCAGCAGAUUCCCCGCGUCGGCCUGGGAACACACGGCGUGACCGGCUCGGCCAGCUUGGGUGGCAGUAUUACGCCUAGCUCGGAUACUAAGCCGCAUCAGUGUCAGCAAUGCAUGAAGAGUUUUUCCAGUAACCACCAACUAGUGCAACACAUCAGAGUACACACUGGAGAGAAGCCAUACAAGUGCUCCUACUGUGAUCGUAGAUUUAAGCAGUUGUCGCACGUCCAGCAGCACACGCGCCUGCACACAGGAGAACGGCCCUAUAAAUGUCAUCUGCCAAACUGCGGUCGAGCCUUUAUACAACUUUCAAAUUUACAACAGCAUUUAAGAAACCAUGACGCUCAGGUUGAACGUGCUAAAAAUCGUCCCUUUCACUGCAAUAUUUGUGGAAAGGGUUUCGCCACUGAAUCUAGUCUGCGCACACAUACAUCGAAGGAGCUACAGCUGCAUCUUGGUGUCUUGCAGCAGCAUGCCGCACUAAUAGGUGGUCCAAACGCUACGUCUUGUCCUGUGUGCCAUAAACUUUUUCUUGGCACUGAGGCCCUUCUGGACCACAUGAAACAUGUUCAUAAGGAAAAGAGUCCCCCACCUGGUGGCUCAGCCCCAUCCCAGUUCAGCGAGCUUAAUCAGAUAGCUACGGGCAAUGGGAACGGAAAUGGAACUGGGCCUAGCACCGAACAAAUCGCUACCCAAUGCACAACUGAAUCGAACUCGCAUCAGGCCACUGUUGGCUCUAGCUUAAUCGACAGUUUUUUGGGCAAACGAAGAACUGCCAACCAUCCUUGCCCAGUUUGCGGCAAACAUUACGUCAACGAGGGUUCCCUAAGAAAACAUCUGGCAUGCCACGCCGAGAGCUCACAGCUUACAAACAGCCUGCGUAUGUGGCCAUGUAGCGUUUGCCAGGCUGUCUUCACACAUGAAAACGGCCUUCUUACCCAUAUGGAGUCGAUGCGUAUGGAUCCGAAACAUCAGUUCGCCGCUCAAUACGUAUUGUCCCGGGCAGCUGCGGAACAGAGAGAACGAGAAUCCCUUUUAGCAGUAACCUUGGCCGCCAGCAGUGGCGCUGCUGGUCCAAGAAUCGGAAUUGCGGAGGCCGGAAACGUUUUGCCUAUGGGAGCUCACAACUCGGAAGGAUCCAACUCGAAGUGUCCUUCCCCUUCGGCUAACUCGGAAUGCUCUUCAAACGGACGCCUCUCGUCAUCGACCACAUCAGAUCAAGACCAAGACAUUGAGCACGGCUUAAGUGAAAAUGAAAACAGCAACCAGAAUCACAUUAGCAGUAGCACGAAUAACAACAAUAAUUGCACAAAUAACAACAACUCUAGCUCUCAUAAAAUGGCUGAGCUUCGACUUCCGGGAUCCGGCCAAUAUACCAUGGACGCAGAAUUGCACGUCGCCAACCGGAUGUCACUAAUGGCCGCUGCUGCUGCUGCAGUUGCUGCGUCACGACCACAAGACGGAGUGGACCCUUCAGCAGUGCCCAGCGCGGCGGUUCAAGCCGCUGUGGUUAAUCUGGCGGCUGCAAUGCGAAUGAACAAUUCCAGCAACGGUGCUACCUCCUCCUACCAACAACAGCACGGCGAUCAAACCCAGGCACUCCAACCACAUAUCCAUCCACAUGCACAUCCACAUCACCAUCAACAGCAGCAGGCUCCGCAGCACCAGCAGCAACAGUUGUCCCAUUUGCUAGUCCAUACUCACCCCAGCAAUAGCAACUGCCGUUCGCAAAGUUCACCAAAUAUAAAUGUGCCAACUUUGCAGAACGAAUCAUCCUCUUCCGCAUCAAUCGCUAUGAACAUGAACGUGCAUAUGAUGCGCGGUUCGCUUGAGCCGGACACGAGUUUGGGAGGAAUGCAUGCGAUAGAAGUACUUCACCAACACCAGCAGCACCACCAUCAUCACCACCACACGUCAAACUACCCGCAGCACGCCGUAACGCCUACCAACCAGCAGACUCACCCCAACUCCCAGACACACCACACAUCCCACCACCAUCCGAGUCCGGAAACAGCGCUCCGAAUGCACCAGGCUGAAGCAAUCUUACGCUCGCAUACCGAAGCGGCAUUCCGACUGGCAACUGGAUCUGGUCCUGGCACCGGAGUAAAAUGCGAGGCGGAUCAAAACAAGCUGAGUAGUAACGGCAAUGCUGGUGGCAAUAGUGGGGGAAGAAACCAACAACAUCGAUUCCAUGCGAAUUCGAAUCAUCAAGAGAAUCAACGACCAUCGGACUCAUGAGGCUCGCCUAUUGAUUCCUCUAAGGAUGUGGACUGAGGAUAGAUACAAAAUCAAGUACAACGAUUUUCCUAUUGCGUCGAUUGCAACUGAUACAAUAGGAUUCAAUGCAUGUGAAUGAGUAACCCUCAUAAAUUAAUAAAUUUAUGGCAAUUGAUGUAAAUGAGAUUAUGUAUGUAUGUAAGUUUAAAUAGGCAAACAUGCCCUAAGUUACUACCCCAUUUAUUGUGCAAUAUCAUCUACCGUCAAUGUCGGCAGAAAAAUAAAUGUAAAAAAUUUCGUGUUAUGUUUACGUUUAUAAUAAGAGUAAAGAUAAAAGCGCGAAAAUCA